CCCACUGUAUUUUUAGCAGAGUGGCUAACUAGCUAACUUAGUAGCUAGCAGAUUUCAGAUGUCGCUUGAAUACUUCCUUGGUUGUUUUAUGAACUUUGCUAAUGCAUAGCAUGGCCAUGUCUCUCUGCCAGAGUUGGCAAAUGUAGGGGAAGCAAGCGUAGUAGCUUUGCGCUGUUUACCCUCCAAAAGAAGUUUGGUUGUUCGGGAUGUUUUUAUCUUUAACAUGGAGACAAAACGAGGGGAGAUUCCCAACGGCGUAUUGGACGACCUUUGCAGCCGCUUCAUCCUUCACAUCCCCAGUGAAGAGAGAGACAAUGCCAUCAGAGUUUGCUUCCAGAUUGAGCUCGCCCACUGGUUUUACCUGGAUUUCUGCAUGCAGAAUGCACCAGGACUACCUCAGUGUGGGAUAAGAGACUUCGCCAAGGCUGUUUUUAAUCAUUGCCCCUUUCUGCUGCCACACGGGGAGGACGUACAGAAGGUUUUAGAUCAAUGGAAGGAAUACAAGAUGGGUGUUCCAACCUACGGUGCAAUUAUACUAGAUGAAACUUUGGACAAUGCAUUGCUAGUUCAGGGUUACCUGGCCAAGUCAGGAUGGGGCUUCCCAAAGGGAAAAGUCAACGAAGACGAGAUCCCACAUGAUUGUGCAGUGCGCGAGGUGCUUGAAGAGACGGGUUUUGAUAUCAGGGACCGGAUUUGCAAAGACACGUACAUCGAGCAGAAGAUCAUGGACCAGCUGGCUCGAUUGUACAUCAUACCAGGCGUCCCCAAGGACACCAAGUUCAACCCCAAAACAAGGAAGGAGAUCAGGAACAUUGAGUGGUUUUCAGUUGAACAGCUCCCCUGUCACAGGAACGACAUGACUCCGAAGUCGAAGCUCGGUCUAGCUCCCAACAAGUUUUUCAUGGCCAUUCCAUUCGUUAGACCCCUACGAGAAUGGAUUGCCAAACGGAAGGGAGAGUCUACAGACAGCGACGAGGAUUUUGCUUCCAAUGGCAGCACCCCUCUCAAACCACACAACCGGCCUAAGUCCAGACGCACCCCGCUGUUGACGGAAUCGCCAGGAGACGUCUGGCCCAAGCAGAAGCAACAGAAGCCGUUUGGGCAGCCAGGACAAGAAAUCAAGCAGAACCACAGUGCAAAAGGCAGUGGGAAGAAGAAGUUGAACGGGGUGGGCACACAGCAGGUAGUGGCCAAAGAAGAUCGAAGACUUCAGCCUAGAAGACUACAAGACAACUUUGACACAGAUGCUACCUGCAACUACAACGGCCUCAACGGUGACGUGGAUCCCAUCCAGUCCUCCCGCUCCUUCCUCAGCUUCAAGUUCGACAAGGAGGCCAUAAUGCGGUGCUUUGACUCCUGAGUGUCCCAUCUCAGACAGUGACACACGCACACCAAUACAAUACACCCACCCACACCCGUGAACCUGACUAGUCAGAUGAAUAGCUCCUCCUUGCUCCACACAUACAUCCCAGAAUGCUGCAAUGGAGGUGGUAAUCAGACGGCGAUGGCGGAAGAGUGAACGCGUGCUUGAACAGGAUAAUUGCCUUCAAACCUGUUCUCUGCUCAUCCUCUGAUGGGUGAGCAUGUGUAGAUUCAAUAAUGGCGUUUACAUCAUUAUGAGCCGCCAUACUUGUCUGUCUGAAAGAAACUGUUGCUUCUCCGCGAUGUCACAUCAAUAACUGUGUGCUCACAGUGAUCCUGAUUGGCCAAUUUGUGUUUUUUUGGUCCCAUUUGAAGGGGCCUGUGUUCCAGGUAUAUACGUAUGUGUGGAGCAAGGCGCAGCUAUGUUCAUCUGGCAAGAGUCAGGCCCCAUCAACGUCCGUCUACCUACAGAGACCCAGCAACAAGCCCCCACUGUUAUCAUGAGAACUCUUAAAUCAGUGCGGGGCAUCCACACAGACUUUCUCUCUUAUCUUUCUCUAGCCAGUCAAACACAAAGAAGAAUAACAAGGUGUUUGCAGGGGGUUAGAUUUUGGGUAUAGCAAGGGGACAGUGAAAAAAAGGAGGGAGGAUGCUGAGCUGAUGUUGUGAAUCGGACCAACUUCUUUAACUAAAGUGGCAGCAGUGUUGAAGUAUGGGUAAACAUGUUGUUUUUUCUCCCAGCCCUAAAUGGAAACGCGUCAUGGUCCGUGAGGAGCUGGUGGUUCUACAGACAGUGGAAGCUAGAAUGUUGAUUUUAAAACAAAAAGAAAAAAAGCUUCCGAACUUGGCGCUGUAUAGUGGAGUGCAGUGUGAUUGGGACAGAAACCGCAUCAUGUCGUUAAGAUGGGAGGGAGGGAGUGAGGGAGAAAAGGGGAGGGAGGGGGGGGUUGGUCUGUGGGAGAACCCACCCACCCAACAUGUGUACAAGUAGUGCACCAGCCAGUUGUUGAUUGGAUGUGCAAGUUCGAGUGUCCAGUGUAUGGGUGUUUUUAAUGUUUUAUGGGUGCGCGAAAGGGGCUACUAUUAUGUAACGUGAAAUUCCCCUGGCCAUCUCUCUCUCUCUCUCUCUCUCUCUCUCUCUCUCUCUCUCUCUCUCUCUCUCUCUCUCUCUCUCUCUCUCUCUCUCUCCCUCUCUCUCUCUCUCUGCUAUACAACAGACAUCUGCCGGUACUGUACCGCUGAUAUUUUGCACAUAUUGCAACCAAUGCGCUGAGAACCAUCAGUGAGGGUGGGGUGGGAGGGAUGGAUAAAUGCAUAGAUGAUGGGGCAACCCUCUUUGCAAAGGCCUUGUGGGGAAAGGAAUGAGGAGAACACUGAGGGGUGAGGGAACUCUUGCACUUUUCCCAAUGCUGUCAAAGGCCCUCUCAGUAGGCACCCUCUGGUCAUGAAUGUUACUUUAAAAAAGAAGCUGUUUGUUCGAGGAGAUGAUGAUGAUGAUGAGGUGGAGAGGUUUUUUGUUUUUUUUUCAGGGAACUGUUCUCCUAUUUCGACUUGCCCCACCAAGCACAUACACGCACACACAUUCAGUAUACUCGAAAGUGACCGCAUAUGUACGCACAUAGAAACACACACAUGUAAAAAAUCUCCACUAGAUGGAAGCAUUUGAAGAGCUUCAUUGCAAAAUGACGUGUAUGCAUUUUGGAACAUUUUGGGUAAUUGACUUUUUUGUAUUGGGCAUCAUUGCAUUUCAUUGCAAAAUGCAUUUUAUCAAGGUUUAAAACGCAUGCUCUCAAAACAUUUGAAUGCCAAGAAUUCACAAAUAGAUGAUGGGAUGUUUGAACAGUCAUUUCCAAUAAUAGAAUGCAAGUCAAAAAAUUGACUUGAUGUCAUUUUGCAACGAAAAUGUUCAUUUGUGAGUUACCAUUUUACCUGCCACCUGGGGAUAGUCCAAGAAGCUGGUUUAGUAGUAAACGACGUCAAGUUAACCUGGACGUAGUGGUAAAUCCUCUAGUAUAACAGCCUUGAGUCCUCAUUUUCUUAACUAAAUGGUACCUGCAGACUAUCUGAUAGUAGAUUUACCACUUCCUGUAGGUUAACUUAACCAGGUACAUCACUUAACCAGGUUCUUGGAAUUACCCCCUGGUCUAAAUAGUAAUUUUUCCGCUUUUUCUGAGCCAGCGAUGAAUAGUACUGAAAUCCUGUUUAUCCUGUCAUCGUGACCCAUCGUUCACACAUCCGCUUCUCUUACUACAUCAAGCUUUUUUUAAGUGUCUAUUGUGAGCAGCACUGUAGUGUACAUUUAUGCCAGUGUUUAUUUUUUCAUUGUAUCAUAGAACAAAAAAGAAAUGCUACUUUUAUUUUUUAUUGCGUGACUGCUUAUGUUGUGUUUUUCAUCAGGAAGAAAAUUAGUCAUUUCCAUGUUUGUCAUUGUUGUCUAAUGUUCCCCUUUCAGGUUUACGGUUUUCUUUUCUUUUUCAUGUUCAUCUGUGAACCAGCACUGAUUAUUUUGCAUUGUGGGGUUAUGUUUUUGUUCCAUCAUUGUUUUACAGUAAAUGCAGUAACAUUUGGACAAAGGAAAAGUAAAAAAAAAAACGACAACAAAAAUGGUUUAACCAGUAUGCAACAUGUGUGGUUAGCAGUGGUUUCCCCAGCGUUUUGGAGGAGAGGAGGAAAGGAAGGUAGGGAUGUGCGUUUGUGAUCUAUGCGGUAUGUCUUUUGCAAUAAAACCUCUUGUCUUUAGAGCCAA